AUGUCACGUCAUUUAGUUGCUGGUGAAGAUAUUACCCUACAUGCUGGGAACCAUUUGUUCCCAUUUCAAUUUGUACUUCCCAUUAAUAUACCGGGGUCGUUUGAGGGGAAAUCCAGUUGCUAUGUACGAUACUGGCUGAAGGCAAAUAUAGACCGACCAUGGAAGUUUGAUCCUGAAUACAAGAUGCUAUUCACUGUUGGCUCUGUUUUAGAUCUGAACACUCAAGCGAAUGCCAUGUCACCACAACAAAGUAAUGACUCUAAGACAGUUUGUUGUUGCUGUUGUGAGAGCCAGCCAAUCACAGCAACAUUUCGUAUUGACAGGACAGGCUACGUGCCGGGAGAAUCUAUUUGUUGUAAUGCUGAGAUAAAUGAGGGCACUGGUAGAGGAGUCCACAGUUCAAAGGUCAAACUUAUGAUGAAAACUACUUAUCGCACUCAUGGUGGCUCUAAGACGAAACAGACUACAGAAGUUGCCCGUCUAGAGCAUGGCAGCAUUACACCUGGAGGCUCGGAUAUUUGGAGUGGUGAGAGGAUUCAGGUGCCACCAGUACCUCCAUCUUUCUUACCUUACUGCAAUAUCAUAGAAAUAGACUAUUACGUAGUG